GGGGUGGAGCUGAGCGCGCCCGUGUGUCAGCCGAGUUGGCGCCUGCGCAUUCCUUUCUCCUCCGUCGCUGCUUCCCCCUCCGUGCCCCCCCCCGCAGCGGGCUGAGGCUGGGCGGAGUCAUCGAGAGAGCCUUCAUUGUGCGCGUGGGGGCGCCGCCGCGGAGCGAGCCGAGCCAGGACGGACCUGCGCCCUCCUCCUCCUCCUCCUCACCCCCUUCCCAGCUUCUACUCCUGCCGGUGCGGGCUGAGGAGAGCGAGCGUGUAAGGAAGCGCGCGCGCGCCAGCCUGCCUGCCUGCCUGCCUGCCUGAGUCCGGCUUCUCUCUCCCCUCAGCCGCCGCCUCAGCCUCCCUCCUCCUCCUCCUCAGCAGCAGCAUGUCGGGCCGGUCGGUGCGGGCCGAGACCCGCAGCCGCGCCAAGGAUGAUAUCAAGCGGGUGAUGGCGGCCAUCGAGAAAGUGCGCAAAUGGGAGAAGAAAUGGGUGACAGUUGGUGACACAUCCCUCAGGAUUUACAAAUGGGUGCCAGUAACGGAGCCCAAAGUAGAUGAUAAAACCAAGAACAAGAAAAAGGGCAAAGAUGAAAAGUGUGGUUCUGAGGUUACCACUCCAGAGAACAGCUCCUCUCCUGGGAUGAUGGAUAUGCAUGAUGACAAUAGCAACCAGAGUUCGAUAGCUGAUGCUUCGCCGAUAAAGCAGGAGAACAGCAGCAACUCUAGUCCCAUGCCAGAGCAGAACUCGACGGGGCAGGCAGAUGGCUCUGGGCAAAAAUCUGAUGAUGCUCAAGCAGAUGCAAAAGAGGAACCUGGUUCAGAAGAUGCUUCUGAUGAACAGAACUCGCAGUCUUCAAUGGAGAAUUCCAUGAAUAGUUCAGAAAAAGUGGAAACUCAAUCUUUGGCAGAAAAUGAUAUAACCACAGAGACAUCUAAAAACUCUCAGACAGUCUUUACUUGUCGCCGGAAAGAUGGCAAGGAGGGAACUGAUCGCACCUCACUCGGAAGGGAGUUCCACAGCCUAGGGGCGGCCACCGAAAAGGACUCUGAAGGAGUGCCGCCUUCUAAAAAGAUGAAAGUAGAGGCUGCCUCUCAACAAAAUGAUGAUGAAAUAUAGACACUAGAUUUUUCCUGGCCAGUUUUUAUGUAAGGUACAUCAGUGAGCGAAAUUACAUAGAAGAACCAUACUUAAGUAUCUUCUCUUGGAUGAGGACAGAACUAUAAACUUUUCAACUUACCAAGCAAAAAUCCAAGAAAACCAAGCAAAAGCAUAAUCUCUUCAGACACUGAAUCCUUUUUUUUUCCUGUGAAGCAAAACAUUGAGAAUUUAAGUUACCGUCUCUGCAAUGGUUGGAGUAAACAACUCAGGAGGAGUCUACGCACUGUUUCUAAUGUCAAAAUUACAAUUAUGUUGCUGCUGUAUUUUUUUCACAUUCUCUAUUUAACAUUAUAAGAUAUUUAAGGAUGGUACAGGUCAGGUAUUCUCUUCUCAUGUGAAGUUCAUUGUUUUGAUGUGCUAUCUGCUUUUUUCCUUUUUUGUGUGCCUUUUGUUCCAAAACAAAAAAACAAAACCAGUGCUCAUUUUUUAAACUUCUUUUUGCAAUUCUGUCCUUUGCAAAGUGGCCUAUGGUUUGUACGAUGCCAUAUAGGAAGUUUUUCAUUGUGUGUUUUUGUUUUGUUUCUAUUUUAUACUCUGGUGCUUACUAUUCUAAUACAAGAGCUAUUGUGAGAUAAAUCAGGAAGCCAUUUUCACUGUUGGAGUCCAGAGAGAACCAUAUGGCUGAUGCUUGAUCUUUCUGCAGCAACAGGGAUGACUUAUUUUUAAUGCACCGUAUUUGAGCCACCAAGAUCCUCUUCUGCGCAAUCCCUAUGGAAAAUGCAUGCAAGUUAUACAAAAACAUAGCUUUCUGUGGAGAAUUUCCUAGUGGUGCUGUGCAUCCCUUUGGCUGAAUAAUGCAGUCUUUUAAAACAGAAAUAUCUGAAUUAAACGUGCUCUGCUGUUUACUUAAAUUAGUGCCAGUUUAAAUAAGUAUUGAAACAAAUUAUGAGUUUUAAGUACUAAAUCUAGAUACUUGCAUCUGAGCCUUUUUGAAAGAAGGGGGUCUUUAUAAACACAGGUAUAAAUGAGCAUAGGCACGAUGGCAGAUGUUGUUUUGAGUAGAUAUGUUCUUAAUCAAUUUUUUAAUGGAAAUGAAUUUCAUUGUACUGUUCCUUAACAAGUUUACUGAUACGUACUGCAAGCAACUUGAAGCUUACUUUUGUUUCAAGAGGAGCUUGUAAAUACAGUCUUGUUACUUCCAUAAUCUCUUCUUGACAUCUGUUAUGUUUUUGAAAAAUUCAGUUUUAAUUCCUGCAUGUUUGGCUUGGCAGGAGGCUGUGUGCAAAUUUCAUCCAUGUUCAAUAGCUAUUGAAAGUACAGAACCAUCUAUGCAUAUCAGGUGCUUUGAUGCCAAUUGUAAUGGUCAUUUAAUCAAGCAAAGGUUAGGCAUGACUGAUUCCUUUUGAAAGCAAUGCAACCUUAGUUAUAACUGACUCCCAUUUUGUCAUUCCCAUUGAGCUUUGUUAUGACUAGAACUGGCUACAUUGUGUAUUGUGUUUUGCAUAUCUAAGGUGUUGAGCCCUUAAAGUUCCUUUUGAUGGCUGGAGAAAAUACUUGUAUGAAUGAGAAAUGUUCGCAAGAAUAGAGGUGGCAGAGGGAAGAGAUGAGUUUUGUUAACAACCUGCAGCUGCAAAUGUGGUUGCAUCUAGUUUGUAAUGGAAGUUGGAAGUACUGAGUGUCCUUUAAAACAAAACUAAACAGCUUCCAGUCCAAACAUUGCAUAAAAGUAACUUACUAAGUUUAUUCCUGGUUUCUCCAAUGGUGAAAAUGGCUUGAGUUUUAACUACUGUAUUGCAUUUGGAAUUAAUUAUGAAAAAAGUUGGAGGUGGAGGUGCCAAUUCUGAUCUUCCAUCCCAAUGUUUGUGAAGUUGUCUGCAAAGAAAUUGACCAUACCACUCAAGUUUGAUAAUAUCUUUUUUAUGUUGAAAUAAACAUUUUACAUCUCAUUAAAAUUAAA